GGUUGCGCUGUAAGGUACCACUAACUGCUGGAUUCAGAUGGCCGCUAGACAAGUGAGGUACUGAGUACUUUCAGUAAUGACUGAGCAGCUGGGGAUUUGGAGUACAGGAUACGUCAUCUUGAUAAGAUAAGAACGGCAGUUGAGCUUGGAGCUUCGAAGCUUCAACUCUACCUAUCCAGCACGCCAGAACUCUAGCCCUUCGUCUGCGUAAUGCGCUUCGAUAUUCCCCACAAACUAUAUUCGCUGAAGCAACCAUUCUGCCCUUCAGCAUGAAUACAUUACACGUGUUGAGGGGAGGCGACUGAUCCAAUUUCGAGCGUCCCCGAUGUGAAGCAUCGCAUACAUUCCACGUUACAUCAAGAACAUGGCCGCGGACAAUCUAUGUCCGGCGACGCCUGAACCAACCCUGUCGUUCACCCAAGGCUUCAUCGUCGGCCAGAUAUCUGUCGUGCUCUUGAUAGCAGCCUUUAUCAAGUUCUUCAUAUUUGGCGAAGCCCCAUCUCCCGAAGUGACAGCAUCUAUCCGUGCCACAGAGCGUCGAUCUCGGACCCUCGCCCACCGACAGUCGCUUCUCACCUUGCGGACGCCAAACACAAAACAGCCACAGCCUACACUGCAGAAGAAGAAAUCAAGUGUCUUGCGCAACCCCCCAACACUCACAAUCGGCUCCAUAUUAAACAAAACAUAUUACAAUGUUGACAGCCACCAGCCCGAGUCGCUGGACUGGUUCAAUGUGCUGGUCGCCCAAACUAUUGCGCAGUUUAGGAGCGAUGCUCAGCACGAUGACGCCAUCCUGAACUCUCUCACCAAGGCAUUGAACGGUGACUCGCGCCCAGACUUUCUUGACGAGAUCAAGGUCACCGAGCUGACACUCGGCGAGGACUUCCCAAUCUUCAGUAACUGUCGGAUUAUUCCCGUCGAUGAGGAUGGGAUGAGCCUGGAAAACAGAAACAGUGGAGGGAUCUCGGGGCAAGCUGGCAUUGCUGGAGCUCGCGCGAAACUAUUAGAGGGUUCCCGCCUUCAGGCGCGAAUGGAUGUCGACCUGAGCGACAUGAUUACAAUAGCCCUAGAGACCAAAAUCUUGCUUAAUUACCCGAGACGCUUAACCGCUGUUCUGCCCGUCGCGUUUGCUGUUAGCGUCGUGCGAUUCAGCGGGACCUUGAGCAUCUCAUUUAUACCUUCAAACCCCUCGCAGUCAACACCGACAAUGAUGACGUUCAGCUUUCUCGACGACUAUAGACUUGAUUUUUCAAUUCGUAGUCUUGUGGGCAGCCGCUCACGGUUACAGGACGUACCCAAAAUUGCUCAACUAAUCGAAUCACGUCUACACCGCUGGUUUGAUGAACGUGCUGUCGAACCUCGUUUUCAAGAAAUUGCCCUGCCUAGCUUGUGGCCAAGGAUGAAAAAUGCCCGGGGUGGUGGCGAAGAUGGUCUUGAUGCCUUAUCCUCUUCUGGCAGCAGUAUGGGCAAAGGCAAAGGCCGUGAGGUUCUAAAUACCCUCCGCGAGGAAGCUCGUCAGGAGGUUCAGGCUGAAACUUCAGCUUCCGGAGCCAACUUGAGGCCAGAAUUAAAUCAAGAUCAUAUGAGGUAUAGGCGGGCAAGAACACGAGACGAUGAUAUCAGAUCCGACUCAUUCAGUAUGCCAGGCUCUCUCCCUGGCAUGGACUUAAACUUGCGGUCCUGACACCAGUCUUAACCGUGAUUCGAUACAUAAGCGCCAAUGCCCCACUCCGCAUUUUCUGAGCGCAUUAAAGCGCUUAAGAAGUCUACUGGGCUGAUCCUUAUGAGGCUGAAGCUUAAUUCCACGCUUCAAUAUCUACAUUAUAGCAAGGUAGCCCGCCUUAACCCGAGUCUGUGCUCAUGUGCACACCGCUUGAUAUUCCAAAAGUAAGUCAAAGCUCCAUGUUAAUGAAGGCGGCUACAUGGCUAUCCACAACUCGAAUAUCCACUGGACAUAUGAGGAAGCAUAUGAAACUCCUAGCGGAUCACACUGUAGAAUUAGAAACUAGAACAGCGAUAAAGAGAAGAUGCUACUUCUCAACUGUAUUUUGUAUUACGGACUUAAGAUCCCACAGACAGGAAUUCACAAAAAAAAUUCUACUCCAUAGUCAAAAU